AUGCUCCGCCAGGGACUGCCCACAAACCCCAUGCUCAACAUGCCCGGCCAGCACUUCCUCCCCUCCCAACAAGGCCAUGGCCAGCCUGCCCAGGGCCCCCCGCCCCAGCCCGCCAUGUUCCAAAACGGCCAGACCUCAAACGCCCCCAUGAGCCUCCUCGGUGCAGGCCAAAAUCUGAACACCGGCCCUAAUCCCGAGUUUUAUCAGCUCCACCUCCAACGCACAAAUCAAUCCAACCGCCAACAAGUCCUCAUGCAGCAGGCCCAUAGCAUGCAGCAUACAAAUCCCCAGAGACCCGCCGGCCCCCCCGUCGUCAACGGUCUCAACCACUCCCAGCUCCCGGGCACCGCCUUCCCAAACGGCCUCAUCCCCCAGCAGCAGAUCCGCCGCCCGCCCGCCCAGCCUGGCUCCCUCAAUCAGCCCCAGGGACACAUGGGCCCCAUCCCUCAGACCAUGGGCGCACUCGGCGGCAUGCCCAUGAACUCUGCCCAGGCCAUGCCCGCCCACAUGCGCCCCGUUCACCAGCCACAGCACCACAUGAACGGCAUGCGUCUCCAGUCUCAGCAGCAUCUCAUGCAGGGCCACAUGUCCCCCGAGGGCCCCAUGGGCAUGUCGCGCGCCCCCCCGCAUCUCCAGGUCAACAAUGCCUUGCCGCCACAUGCGAAUCGGACCCCAUCGUCCCAGCAGCAGAUGAUAGGAAAUAUCCCCCAGCCAUCAUCCCUCACGGCCCCGCACCCAGACUCGAUGCAGCCCCAGAUGUCCCAGAGCGCAUUCACCGCCUCCAUGUCCAUGCCCCACCACGCCCAACUCCAGCAGAUGGGCUCCUCCCCGCAUGUUGGCUCUCAUCCGCAGGCGCACACCCCCGUCAAUCUCGCUCAGUCCAUCCCCCCCUCCAACGUCGGGCCCCAGACUCCCGGGAGCCGAUCUCGCCUCACUCCUGACAAUGCCAUGUUCAUGAACUUCCAGAACCCCCCAAUGCAGCCGAGCAUGCCGCAAAUGCCGCGACUGCCGCCGACAACGUCUCAGUUCCCCUUCACAUCAACAUCGACAUCACCACAUCCGCCUGGCGAUAUUCCACAGAACGUCGGCGGCGGUGGUGGCGGUGGCGGCGGGCAGCUCAAUGCGCCGGGUCCCAGUUCGCGGCCAAACCCCCUCACCACUCCCGCUCAACUCUACGAGUCGCUCAACACGAGUAACGAGAGUUUUCAUACGAACGACUUCAACGUUCCGCCUCAACACCAACAAAAUGUCCCACCUCGCCCUCCAUCGCACAACGCGUCACAUUCUGCCUUUCCUCUCCCACCCCAGCAACAGGGGCUGCAGCGCCAUCAAUCUCCCCGUCCGGCGGACCACAUGAACCCACACGUCCAGCGUCCACAAUCAGGGCAGGGACAACAGCGUCCGUCGCCACAACAGCAGCAUCAGCAGCAACAGCCAGGUCCAUCCCGAACGACUCCGCGCACGGCGCAGCAGCCGCUCCCCGGCAAUAUACCUCCCACAGCAAGGAUACCCCAGCCGGGCCCCCCGCAUACGUCGCCACGGCAGCAGCAGCAACAGCCCGCCCCGGGCCCGUUGAUGCAGAUGCCGCCGCGGCCGCCCCCCAUGCCUCAGCCAGCAGCACCGGCACCAUCGAACGGCUCGGCUCCCGCGCACGGUCAGCCGGAGAACCCACCACCACCCGCUCCGCGCCCGACCCAGCAACCGAUGCCGGUAAUGCGGUCAAAUGCGGCGGCGCCUUCUCCGUGGGUGGUUGGCCUUGGGCAGGCGACGAUGAGGUUGUUGCAGAUGAGUGGAGAGCUGCAGUCGGAACAGAAGGGGGAGCACAGGAACAAACACCUGGGCUACUGGAACAUGUUCGUGAACGACUACUUCACGCACUCGGCGACGAUGAAAUUCACGCUCUGGAAGGGGCAACAUCCAGGAGAUCAGAAGGAAGCGAAACCGUUUGAGAUCGGCACGCACAUCCUCCCCCGAUUUUUCCUCGUGACGACACAAUCGGGUGUGAAGUCGAUGUCGCUGAGCCUUGAUGGUGCGCGCGAGAAGCUCGCGGGUCUUAUACCAGCUGCUGUCGUAGAAUGUGCACACGCCAUGUGGACGUUCCGUUACACGAACGGCUAUACGGUAGUCCUCAAGGGUCCCCUCACCGCGCACAUACUGGCGAUUCCGAUUCCGGCGAACCCCACCCAUCAGCCGCCAAUACCGGCUAGCUACCAGCUACGCAUCGAGACACUGACGUUUGAUGCGACCUCGUUCGAGAAGUCGCUCAACAUCGAUUCGAUCGCAGGCAUUCGUUCGCAGGGGUCGCCCUCCCAAGCAUCCAUUAACCUGAUGGGGCAAGUGCAGAUAAAAAGGGAGGAUGACGACAAGCGGUACGACGAGCCCAGGACGAUCAUCGACCGUGCGGUUCUUCCGGGCGAACCGAUCAAUGCGUUUGGCAUCCCACAGGCCACGAUGCGAUGUCUCGAGUUGGCGGAGAGCGUCGCGCAGAUGUCCGAUCUAAUUCAAUUUUCUCUUGAUAGUAAUCUGGGUCCAAUAGAUGCGUUGGACCAGUAUGCCAAAAAGCUCCGCGAGCAGCAGGCACGAGAUCCCAAGGCGGGUGGCGGACACAAGCCAUCCCAGGCCGGACUGGGCGGGUUUAGCACCACGAUGUUCGAUGGUACCAAUGGGGUCAUGUCGACACCGUCGGUCUCUCUGUUCAACAACAUCUCGGGCGGGUCGCAGUCGCAGCCGCCCGCGCCCUCUACGCCACAGAACCCUCCUGCCUGUGUAGAUGCGAAGCAGAACAAGGUACCCCCCGCUCCUGCAUCGCAGGCGUCGACGGCGACGAUGAGCAGCACGACGCCAUCCGCGUCGGCGUCUACGCCCGCUGCGGCGGUGACCCCGGGCGGACCCAGCACGACGCCGUCGAUGCCCAACGCCACGCUGAAACGGAAGGCGCAGCGGAACGAGGACGGAUCUCCGACAGUGGCGAAUGCGGACCAGACGCAGCCAAACAAGCGGCAGGCGCGGAAACGGGGGCGGACAUAG